AUGGCCUCAAUGGGGUCGGGGUCAAUCCCUAUGUUCCGGAGCCUGGCUCCCCGGUUUUACAAAGAUUUUUUCUCUUGUCGUCAAACGCUACAACGUCAGAACUAUGCUACCACACCUUUCUUCAAGCGCUCCACGGCUCCGCCGUUCCUCCGGAAAGCAAGCUCACCCAUCUUCAACACGACAUCAAAACGAUCCUUUACUUCUACUUCGAAUAAAUUGACUUCCACAUCAUCAGCUGCCAGCGCAGCUGAAAGUGUUGCCGCUUCGAGCAAGUCCAGUUUUCCAAAAAUCAGUGACAAGAUCGUUGCGUAUUGGUUACUGGGAAGCGCGGCCAGCGUCUUUGGCAUUGUAAUCUUUGGUGGUUUGACACGACUAACGGAAUCAGGACUGAGUAUCACCGAAUGGCGCCCGGUCACCGGAUCUCUCCCUCCCUUGAACACGGCUGACUGGGAAUCUGAGUUUGCAAAAUACCGUGAAUCACCCGAAUUCCACCUGCUGAACCCGCACAUGAACCUGUCUGAAUUCAAGAAAAUUUACUACAUGGAAUGGAUCCACCGCCUCUGGGGCCGAUUUGUUGGCUUGUCGUUCGUCCUCCCGGCUGUCUAUUUUGUCGCCAAGAGAAGGGUCUCCAAGCCAAUGGCUCUGCGCAUCACUGGUAUUGCUGGUAUGAUUGGUUUCCAAGGCUUCCUUGGCUGGUGGAUGGUCAAGUCGGGUCUCAAAGAUGAUCUCUUUGCGCCAGGCAGUCACCCUCGAGUCAGUCAGUAUCGCUUGACUGCACAUCUCGGGGCUGCGUUUGCCGUAUAUGUUGCAAUGCUUUGGAAUGGUCUUGCUAUCUUGCGAUCCCACCGACUUCUAUCUGACCCUCAAGCCGGAACUCAGCUUCUGGACACCUUGCGCAACCCCAAGUUGAAGAUCUUCCGCCGCUCGGUUGCCGGUUUGGCUCUUCUUGUUUUUAUCACUUCCAUGUCUGGUGCCUUGGUUGCUGGUUUGGAUGCGGGUCUCAUCUACAAUGAGUUCCCAUGGAUGGGCCAGGGUCUUGCACCUCCCAAGUCCGAACUAUUCGACGAACGGUACUCUCGUCGUGAAGACAAGUCUGAUCUCUGGUGGAGAAAUGGCCUCGAAAACCCCUCCCUGGUUCAGUUGAAUCAUCGUAUUCUGGCUUUGACUACAUUCGCCAGCGUUAUUGCCUUGUCGAUCUACUCUCGCAGAUCACUUGCCGUGAAGAACCUCCUUCCCCGGAGCGCUAAGAAGGGAGUUCACGGAGUCCUCGGGUUCGCAUGUCUUCAGGUUACCCUGGGUCUUUCAACAUUGCUCUACCUUGUUCCCAUUCCCCUUGCCUCUGCCCAUCAAGCAGGCAGUUUGUUCCUUUUGACCUGGGUGUUCGUGCUGGGCAGCCGCAUUUGGCACCCGUCGAGAACCGCCAGGCUGCUGAAGUUGGCGGCCAAGACCCAAGGCCAGCAGCUUUCCAGAAAAGUUCCGGAAGCAGCUAGAAAGCUGUGA